AUGCCUCAGAAUCGCUUCUCGGCGUCCUCUUUCCGCGGGGGCGGCGGGGAGCAGGAGGCCGCGGCGAAGAAUGUCGGCAUCGAGGUCUUCGCGCACGGGGCUUUGGGCACGGACGCUCUUCUUGUGGCGUCGCUAUCCAACUCUGCUCUGCUCAUCUUGCGCAUCGGAUCUGACGGCAUUCGAAGUUGGCUGUUAGACUGGCCCGUUGCGGGCAAGAUUCGGGGGAUGUGCGUCAGCCCGGACCUGCAAUGCGUCCUCUGCGCGACCGAGGGCCUCGAGGGGGUCUACCUCCUGGCCGUGGACAACCUGGGGGAGGAGCAGGAGGCUCGACCAACGCCGACAGCAGGGAUCCCCAGCGUAGGCGGCAAGGGCACCGCCGGCAACAUGACCGGCGAGGGCAGCAGCGGUCACGAGAGCGCCGACGGCGACGGCGGGGUCAACUCUGGCGGAAAGCGCGGCAGCGAAACCGGAACAACCGGCGGCGGCGGCGGCGGCGGCGGUGGCGGUGGCGGCAACCAAUCAAUGGCCCGGCCGCCGCCGCCGACGGCGGCGGCGGCGGCCCCCGUUAUGGCCGGUGCCAGCGCCGGUGCCACCCCCACGACAGCAAGACACGCCCCGAGAAGAGCGGCGGCAGAUACCGCGUUCCCGAUCCUGGUCAACCUGGCCAGCAGGGGGGAGCAUCGGAAGAUGACGAACGGCAUCAAAGCCCCGUAUUACUCGGCAGACUCGGUGUUCAGACUACAUCAUGGCGUACGGAAGCGGGCGAGCGGCGCGAAGGCCCGGUAUCCCUCCGCGGAGCCGGUGUUCAUCGCCAGCCUGGGGCGGCGGGGGGGGGCGGCGGCGGCGGCGGCUGGGGACGGCGGGCAACGAGGGCAGCAGCAGCCGAGCGACGACGAGCGAGGCGGCGACGGGAGGAGGCAUUCGACCGGGGCCGGCGGUCGAGGUCCCCGCCGGGGCGGCGGCUCUCGGAGCUCCUCCUCCGCGCCGCCGCCCUUUGAGUGCCUGUGGUGGGUCACGCGCAGCGGGAACCACUUCGCUGUUAUCGGCGACCCCGAUGGAGAGAAACAACGACGGGCGGCGGGAUAG